ACCUAAGCUAGCUUGCUAAAAAAAUGUAGCUAGCUAGUUAGCAAUCCCAGUUUGCUAACUAAUAAUGCUAAACCUGGGAAAUAUAACAGAAGUAAUAUUAUGGACAAUAUUUUAUUUUAUUUAUUUAUUUAUUGGUGGGGGUGGGGGUAUUUGUGAAUCCUCGAAGGGCUAACUUUACAUUUUGACCUUUUUUCCCCCUCAAAAUCAACUGAACUUGUGAACUCUCCAGACAAAUCCGGAGGUAUCAUAUACUGAAAACUUUUCAUGGGUGGUUACAAUCUCUUACAGAUUAAUAGAACAGGAAUAAAAAUAGGGGGAAAAAAAUAGAUUAGGUUUCCUCAAAAGUUCCACAUAAAUCUCAUGAAGAUAGUUGUUGGGUGACCAGAAAAGUCACUCAAAGAAUGUGUUUGGCGCCAUCAGUUGGUUAGAAGAAAAUAAAUAAAUAUCUUUCCCAGGGAUGUGGGAGAGACUUUUUAUUAACUUACCUCUUUGUUUCUACUGAUGGUAAUACGAAGGAGGAGUGGAAUACGUGUGUAUUCAGUGCCACUUCUCCGACGCUAAGGGCUUUCUGAUAUUCUUGAUAUUAAUAAUGAAUGAUAGUUGACGGUUUUUAACGGUCGCUGCUCGUGCGGUUUAAAAUUUAUUUUUAAAAAAUGCUCCCAAGUGGAUGCGCGUGCAUGGCUUUGAUAGUCGUUGCUGGAUCGUCAGUCAUCCGCGAGUGCAUUGAACUAAAUGGAACAUCUUAUAAUGGGGUAAAACGGAUCAGCUCCUCUGGACAGAGCUGCUUAAACUGGUUAGAUAUAAGCAAUGUGUACAACCUGAGCAUUGACUUGAACGCUGACCCAGGAGAGUGGGAUCACAACUACUGCCGCAACCCAGAUGCCUCUGGCACACCGUGGUGUUUUGUAGCUGCAGAGAAAGAGGGCAUUGAGAGACAAGACUGCGUCUUAGAGACAUGCCAAGGUUUAGAAGUACAGACGAAGCCACCAAAUGUCCGUCCGGCACUCAAGGAGAGUGUUACAGUAAAACUUGUACCUGGCCUGAGCAGGAGACCGAACCUUAGACCCAACAAGAAAAACGACCCCGGAGCUCUGGGCUACACACUAGCGGCCCUUCUCAUGCUGAUCAUCAUAGUGCUGGGAACAGGAAUAGCUGUCAUCUACUUCUAUAAGAAGAGCCUGAAACUAAAGAUGCAGCAGGAGCAGAGGGCCCACGAGCAGGAAAUGCGCCGGCUCAACCUCCCACAGUCGGCCUUCUGCAACACUGCCUGUGAUCUCAGUGACGAGAAGAGAGGACAGACGGAUAAAAAGAAAGCCUCUGAAAAACAUGCAGCCACAGACGAGACAGAAGAAGACAAUAAUGUAGAGAAAGACAGGUGAUUUAGUGUCCUUCCUGCGAGAAGAAUAUAAUGAUUCUUUUUCACACUGGAUAUUGCACACUAAUGAGCAUUAUGCCCAUCCGACCCAAAGCUAAUACAAUUCUUUGGUAUUGAAUCAACAUGGCUCAGACCUCUAAUCUUUUCUAAUGAACAGGAAACACAGUAGAGGCGGCCUGUUCCAUCUCUCAGUAUUAUUUUGCUUCUUGAUCCACGACUUCGUGUUUAGUCUGAUGAUGAAAUGAGAAAAUGAGAAUUGAGCACCUGCGAAGUUUGCGCAAGUAUGGGAACAGUAGUCAAAAACAAUUUAUUCCAGUAACUAAAAGGCUUGCAAAUAUUAGGAAUUUCAUGUAACAAAAAAUAUCAAUGAAAAUAGUUAUUUUCCUGCUUAUGACUAUUUCAUGUGUAGCUUUUUGUUUCAGACAUUCCUACCACCUUUUUUUUUUUUUUUUACUGUUUGUAGCUGUCUUUGCAUCCAAAAUGCUAAAUCUCUCUUUUUUAUGCUAGUACAAAAAAUAUUGGCUCCUUAUAUGCACCUUAUAUGGUUCAGUUCUUGCACCAUCUGCUGGCCAUACAGUAGAACAGCUACAUCAAAACCUGCACACUAUUAAAUAUUAAAUAAUGAAAGUUAUAAGAUAAGAGAUGACAUGAAUUAACUUGUCUUACAGACGUUCCACAACAUUAACCUUAACUAUAAAUGGGUAAAAUGUAUGAUGUGUUGUUCUUUAAUAAAUAAUUGUAAUUCAUGACCAAUUGCAUAAGUGGUAUAAGAGAAAUAAAACACUUCUGGACAUGCUGUUAUUGGAGAAUAACUGUAACUCCAGUUUGUGUCUGGAGCCAUCACACAAUGACCGUCACUGAUUAUUUUCCAUAAACAGCACAUGCUGUUCUGUUGUCUUCCUUAUUUAAUUUUCUAAUAUGGACCCAUGUCCCACAAUUGGAAAAAUAACACCAAGAGAUCUUAAGAG